CUCAUUUUACAGGAAAUUUGCUGAAGGCAAAUGUACAGAAAGAGAGUGAAAUGUACUAGACUCACUUCCAUGAACACAUGAGCCACAUCUUAACAUCAUCUCAGCAACAAGAGUGACAGCAAUUUCUCAUCAUGACUGAAACAUAUACAGACAGCAUGAAUACAGAAGCAUAUGGUAGCUACGAAACAGAAACCAUAUGCAAUAUUGAGGGCUCACAGCUGAUUCCACAGCUCAAGGCUGCCAUUUUCUACAUGGUUUUUGCACUUGGCCUCAUUGGCAACAUCACCGUCUUAUGGGUCCUCUUGAAAAUCAUGCAUGUGAAAAAUAUGACAAACCUCUGCCUGCUGAAUCUGGCUCUGUCAGACCUACUGAUGGUCCUCUCACUGCCCUCCUGGGCUCUCUAUGCUCAGGGCCACUACUUAAAAACCAAUGAAAUGUGUAAGGCAAUGGCGGGUACAUACCAGGUGGGAUUUUACAGCGGGAUCUUAUUCGUGACUCUGAUGAGCGUGGAUCGCUAUUUGGUCAUCGUACAUGCCGUUGCGGUGCUGGGAGCGAAGAUGCUGCGAUAUGGAAUUGUGGUGAGUCUAGUUAUAUGGCUGGUUUCCAUCUGUGCCGCCCUUCCAGAGGCCAUCUUUGCAGCAAUGGUCACAGAGGACAACAUCACCAGCUGUCAGAGAGUUUAUCCUGUUGGGUCAGCCCAGAAGUGGAAGCUUUUCCGUAACUUUGGUGAAAACGCAGUGGGACUAUUCAUCUCUUUGCCCAUUUUAGCCUACUGCUACAUCAGGGUCCUAAUGGUUGUGAAGAAGACAAAAAACUCAAAAAAGGAACGGGCCAUAAAGCUCAUCUUAGGCAUUGUCAUCGUGUUUGUGGUCUUCUGGGUGCCCUACAAUGUGGUGGUGUUUCUGAAAACCUUGGAGGAGUUUGGCUUUCUAAGUGGCUGCGAGGCUUAUCGUCAUAUCAACAUGGCCAUGGACUUGACAGAGACAAUCGCACUCACUCACUGCUGUGUAAAUCCAGUCAUUUAUGCUUUUGUUGGAGAAAAGUUUAGGAAAUGCCUAGUAAGUUUGUUUUCAAGAUAUCUUGGAUGUGUGAAGACUUACCAAUCGACAUCUACGCAAUCCAAAGUUUCCGAGAAUGAAACGUCCAACACGGCUAUUUUUUUUACAUCUCCCAUCAAAAGUACACAAGUUUAGGUUCGACCAUUUUUGUUUUUUUUGUAAAUAUUUUGCUUAUCAUUUAAGAUGUCUUUAUUCAUGCGUUGCAACAUAUAAUAGAUUUCUUGAUUUCAUGAUGGUAAUAUCAUAUCAAUUAUACUACCUCAAUUAGUAAAACCAAAUGUAAUUGAUAAAAUCAUACAAGCAUGUGAAAUCAUACAAGAAUAUGAAAAUUCCUGCUUCAGGUUGGUGGGGCAGAU